AUGUGUUCGUAUCAAAAACCAAAAACCCUUCCCGUCGGUGGUCUAUAUAGGACGGGUCUCCUCUCCAUCUGGAUCCUACUUUUUCUCUCUCUUUUCUCCAUCAUCAACAAGCAAUUAACGACAGACCAAGACUCUCCUCUCCUCAAAACAACCUUUGCAAUUAUAUCCCUUCAGCAACAGCUAGUCUGGCUGAUCUUCUUUGCUUUCAUACCAAUCCUCCUAUUACACCACACUUAUAACAAAUUCACCACCACAACAACAACCACCACCACCAACAUGCCUGCCUCAGUUCACUCCAACGAGCCAGUCGACGAGAUCGUCGUCACCAAGGUUGUCGAGGGCUUCGCUGCUCCUGUCCAGGAACCAGUUGCUGCCCCAGCUGUUGACGCUCCUGCUGCUGUCGUUGACGGCCCAGUCGAGGCUGUCAAGGAGGUCACCGUCGUCGAGACCGCCCCCAUUGUCGAGGCUGCCCCAGCCACUGUCCAGGAGAUUAACGAUGUUGCUGCUGAGCCGGUCUCAGCUCCCGUCGUUACCGCUGACGAGAUCUUCGAGAAGCCAGCUGCUCCUGCUCCCGUAGAAGACGCUAAGGAGAAGGAACUCGAGUCCGGAUACGCCAGCGGCUCCGGCUCUGCUGCUGCCAACGAAGAGCCCAUCCCAGAGCUCAUCUUCACCAAGCAACAUCUUCAAUUCCUCAACCAGCGUCUUCAGUUCCUCGAGCCACAGGAGGUCCUCAAGUGGUGUGUUACCUCUCUGCCCGGCCUCUUCCAGUCAACCUCCUUCGGUUUGACCGGACUUGUUAUCCUGGAUAUGCUCUCCAAGCUUGAUAUCCCCCGCCACCAGCAGGUAGAUCUCAUCUUCUUCGACACCCUGCACCACUUCCAGGAGACCAUUGAUCUCCGUGACGGAAUCCAAAAGGACUACCCCCACCUCACCCUCCACGUCUACAAGCCUCAGGGCUGCAACACCGCUGCCGAGUUUGCCGCUAAGCACGGCGAGAAGCUGUGGGAGACUAACGACGAGCUCUACGACUGGCUGGCCAAGGUCGAGCCCGCCCAGCGUGCUUACCGCGAGCUUGGUGUCACUGCUAUGCUUACUGGCCGCCGCCGCAGCCAGGGCGCUAAGCGCGGCAACAUGGACAUCAUCGAGGUCGACGAGGCCGGUCUCAUCAAGAUCAACCCUCUCGCCAACUGGAACUUCGACCAGGUUAAGGAGUACGUCAGCCGCCGCAACCUUCGAUACAACGCCCUUCUCGACCGAGGCUACAAGUCCGUCGGUGACUGGCACUCCACCCAGCCCGUUGCUCAGGGUGAGGACGAGCGUUCCGGCCGAUGGAAGGGCCAGGCCAAGACCGAGUGCGGCAUCCACAACCCUCGAUCCAAGUACGCCCAGUUCCUCAUGGAACAGGAACGAAAGAAGCAAGAAGAGGAGGCCCUCAAAAUCGCCGUCUAA